AUGUCAACACCUGCUAGUGACAUGAGCAACGUGACGCUCAAUCUUCCUACUUUGAAGCGAUCAAGAAGUGCUAACAUCGGUGUCAUUACCCGAUCGGAAAAUGCCGUCUCAGCAAUCUUCAACAAAGAGGCAUCUGCUCUAACCUACAAGGAAAUUGGAACUCUCAAUGCCAAUCUCACGAUGUGUGAACGAAAGAAAAAGGAACUGGAAGAGCUUAAUCAGCAAAUUUCAAAUGUUCUAAACGAUGAUGAAGAUGCACUUGAAGUUGAAUUGGAAGAAGCUGAGAAAAUCUACCUUCAAGUAGAUUGUUUGAUGGAAAUGAUCUCAACCAUGUUAGAUGACCGAGGAAAAUAUUCAACUGAAUCGGGCAAAGAUGACGACAGCGCAAGCGGAACAGGAUCCUACAAAUCCACUUCCCAACGUGGUGCUGGUCGAAAUCAAGAUACUUGCCUGAAUUUGCCGAAACUGAAUUCGCCAACAUUUAGCGGAAGGUAUGAUCAAUGGCUACCUUUCUUAGAUUCCUUUGAUGGAGCAGUUCACUCAAAUGCAUCGCUGUCUGAUGUUCAGAAACUGCAAUACCUAAAGGGUGCCCUCAAGGAUGAACCGUUUCGUUUGCUAUCCCACUUGCCUACUACAAACGCGAACUACUCAGUCGCAAGGGAACUUCUAAAGGAUCGAUAUGCUGAUGUCAAGAUGAUCUCACACGCUCACUUGGAAGCAAUUUUUGAACUCACUCUAAUGAAGCAUGAGUCAUCCGCUGCAAUAUGUCGCUUGAUUAUUACCUACACGGAAAACACGAUGGCACUGUCAGGACUUGGACUAAAAAUUGAUCAAUGCGAUUUGAUCUGGGUUCACGUUUUGGCCGAGAAAUUAGAUCCUGAAACUAGAAGACAAUGA